AAUUGUAAAAGAAUACUAGCCUGACCCUUCACUAUAAAAAUCUCCUAAACCAUUGUAAUUGUCCGUAAAACUCUAGCAGCAGCAGCCCGUCGAGCUCUUGAUAGCUUCGCAACACUUAACACUGUUAACAAUGACAUUCAAGCGCAGAAACGGCGGCCGGAACAAGCACGGACGUGGACACGUGAAGUUCAUUCGCUGCUCAAACUGCGGAAAAUGCUGCCCUAAGGACAAAGCUAUUAAGAGAUUUCUUGUGAGAAACAUUGUUGAACAAGCUGCUGUUAGAGAUGUUCAGGAUUCAUGUGUUUAUGAUGGAUAUGUUCUUCCAAAGCUCUAUGUGAAGAUGCAGUACUGUGUUUCAUGUGCUAUUCACUCUAGAGUUGUCAGGGUUCGCUCUCGCUCUGAACGUAGGAACCGUGAGCCCCCAAAGAGGUUCCUGAGGCGCAGGGAUGACCUGCCAAAACCUGGACAGCCUGGUCAGCCUGGUCAAGGAACUCGUCCUGCUGGGGCUGGUGUUGCUGCUCGAGCUUAAGCCUUGAAUUUAUUGUGUUUGAUGUUUUGUCUCAAGUUGCACAGAAAUUUUCUAAGCAUUGCUUUGAUGUUUUACUCUUUUUAAGUUAAACCUUCUAAGAGAUACAUGUCUAAGAUUGAGCACGGUUUUGACUAAUGAGAAUGGUCUUUGAAAUCA